ACUCCUCUCCCCGCGAGACUACAUUGACUGCAGCUGCAAGGGGCUAAAACCUUGGUAAUACCAGUGGUGAUGUUAUGUGGAUGCGUAACAGGCGACAAAUUGAAUCUCACACAUUUCAACCAUCUUCGAGGCCUGCAUUCCAUCCCUUGCCUUGCAUGCCGGUAGUAGCCGACUGCUUGACGUGGCCGACCUCUUCGCUCUCUAUGAUUGGAACGCAGUCAGAGGCUGCUGAAAUCAUUCUUUCAUUAAUCCACUGAACCUGAUAUCCUAUCUCGCUAUCGCCAUUCCCAUCGGGUUGAGUGCGAAGGAAAUCUCCGUCGCUCUGCUCUCGACACAACGACCGUGGAAUUGUCGUCCGCUAUGGGUCUCCCACAUGUCCUCGCAGGCGUCGUUGGCGUUGCCUCCCAUGCAGGAUAUUUUCGACGAGGAGAGCAUCAUCUAUACCCUCUGCGAUACGUCAAAUGGCACGCACUUGUCUUCAUCGCCAUACUUGUGGUUGCAAGAGUUGCCCGUGUUCCCCUGUAUGACUCUGUAAAGACCGCAGGGGGCUUGUCAUUUGCCUAUCUCAUCGGGUUAUACACCUCUCUCCUUGUCUACCGCGCACACUACCAUCCUCUCCGCAGCUUUCCCGGCCCCUACGGAGCCAGGCUGUCCGGUCUAUGGUUCUCAAUCAACCUCAGAGAUCGCCCGGCCUUCCGGAAGCUGUAUGAGCUGCACGAAGAAUAUGGCCCUGUGGUGCGUGUUGGCCCUUCGGAGCUCUCCAUUGCCGAUCCAGAGGCAGUCGACCUCAUUUACGGGUUUCGGUCACGUUGCUCCAAGGGCUCUUUCUAUGAUAACGGACAUCCGAUGCUCUCGUUGCACUCGCAUCGAAGCCGAGCGGCCCACGACCAGCGCCGUCGCAUCUGGAGCACAGGGUUCGGCGAUCGAGCCCUACGAGGCUACGAGACGCGAAUCCGUGGAUAUCGCGAAAAGCUUUUCCAUCGCCUGAAUGCUGCCGCCGGGCUCACGGUCAAUGUCAGCGACUGGUUCAAUUUCUACAGCUACGAUGUCAUGGGUGAUUUGGCUUUCGCCCGCAGCUUCGACAUGCUCGACACCAGCGGAAGCCACUGGGCCAUCGACGUCCUGCUUUCGGGCAUCACGCCGUAUAAAUACUGCGUUCCGUCGUGGGUAUUUCGAUCUUUAGUCACUAUGCCCUCACUCUCCAAGGAUUGGCAUAGAUUCGUGGAGUUUGUCACGCAGCGUCUUGUUCAUCGCAUGAACGUAGGUGUUUUUCCGCUCCACAACCCGAGCUUGUUUCUGGGAUCUUUGUUGAUAUGCCGCUCAGGACAAGGUCGAGAUCCCUGA